AUGUCGCGACAACAGCAACAACAACAACAACCUCUUGCUCCUCCAUCACCUUCCUCUUCUUUUUCAGCAAAUACACGUGAACGACACAUUUCAUUAAAAGAGGACAAAGUGUUGGUGGUACCAACACCUACUACAACAACAACGGCUGCAGCAGGUCUCCUUACCCCGCCAUUGGGCUUGGAUAACAAAGCAACAAGCGUAGUCAAUGACAGUGACAUUUAUCAUGAUGCGUAUAGCUGCAUGUUUCGGAUAUCGCUCGAUUCAAAACGCACAACAGCUGCCCUGUGCUAUCUACCAACACGCUUUCAAAACAUUGUUGAAUUUUAUCAUACUGAGAUACCACAUGCAUACCGUGAUAGAGGCAUCGGUGAAGCCAUUCUAAACAAAGCAUUUAUAUGGGCAACACAAUCACACAUGAUGGUGAUACCGACAUGUCCAUUCACACGUCGUUAUCUUGAACGGCACAACGAAUGGAUGCCAUGCAUUGUACAAAGCGAGCAAGAAGGAGUAGUACGUUACGUGCAAAGACAACAACAACAACAACAACAACAACAACAGAGCUAG